AUGGUUCGACAGACUGUUCAUCUGUGUUCGUCUUGUACAGCAGGGAGCAGAGCAAACAAGGUGGAAGUGCCGGGCGACGCAGGAAUAUCCAAGAUGAGUAAUCCAUGUGAAUGCUGCCAGAUCAAGCUUAAGUUUCUAAGGCAGAUCAAUGGCAACUUCAUGCACAGCCUGGUCAUACCAGAGUGGUUUGUGAACCAAUUUGGAGGAAAGAUAUGGGGAACAGUCAGACUAGAAACCUCUGAUGGUAACAUGUAUGAUGUUGGAGUCACUGAGAGUAUGAACAGAACAAUCUUGAAGUCUGGAUGGGCAACAUUUGUUGAUACCAAUCAAAUAGAAGAGAACUAUUCAUUGAUGUUUCGAUACCUUGGAAAUGCCCGCUUUGAGGUUACAAUAUUUGAUUCCAACGGUAAAGAGAAAGCGUGGUGCUGUUCUGGCACAUUUGAUGUUGAUAAUUCUAGUAGCUGUGGUGGUACUACUCAGUCUUCAGCAAGCGAAGGAUCAGAUUCAGAUGGAAGCCAGAAGGAAAGAUCUUAUUCUUCUGAAGAAUCGUCAGCAGAAUACAAUCUAUCACUAGAUAAUCCAGUGGAGUCAGAUGAUGUUAGGAAUUAUUAUCUCUUAUCAGGGCAGUGCGAUCUUACAGAAGCGCAGGAGUUGAAAUUACAUGCAUUUGUACAGAAGAUUCGACCGGAAAUCCCUAUGCUUGUUGUACUGAUGAAGAAGAGUAAUGUGAGACAUCAUGGUGAUCUGGUAAUGCGUAAGGAUUAUGCACACAAGUACUUGCCAUGCAAAGAUACAAAUAUUAUACUCCAGGUGCCUAGGAAGAACAAGGUUUGGGAGUGCAAGUUUCAGAUCAGGCCAUCUGGCUCGACUGAUGCUGGUCGGCGCAACCUUUCUUUGGGCGACUUUGUUGGUAACAAUCGCGUUAGGGAGGGCGAUAUCUGCCUCUUUGAACCAAUGACAAACACUAAGCAGAAAAGAUUCAGAAUGACGGUCCACAUCCUUGGCAAAUUGAGUAUUGAUCAUUCCCCUGGAAGAACAACUGACAUUGGCUCUAAUCAUGGAAGGAGAAGCACCAAGAUGGGCGGAGUUAAGACCAAACCAUCUAUCAAUGAUGAGGAGUACUCUCCACAACAUGAAGAGUAUGGUGUAUCUGAUAAUUCUGAAGAAGGUUCUGAGCCUCCCUUCAUGUUGCCUGACAGAUCUUGUCUAACACCAGCACAGGAGAACAAAGUGCUGGAGAAAAUUAAGGACAUUGGGUCAGACUCAGAAUUGCCCUUUUAUGUUGCUAUCAUCGGCAAGAUCAAUGUAUGUCGUGAUAGCAGCCAUUACACUACUCCCAUCCUAAACUUUGGAUUUCGGUAUGCGGCUAGGUAUCUUGGUGAGAAGUUCGCUGCUGGCCAUCAUGGUGGCAAGUGUAAUGCAAUCAACUUAGUACUUCAGCGGGAGGGGAAGAGCAGAUCAUGGCCUACCAAGCUGCGAUAUACGCAUAUCAUGCGAGCCUCGAGCCAGCAGAUGAGAGUUAUCAAAGGAUGGCCAUCUUUCGCCCGCGACAACCGCCUGCGGGAGGGGGACCUCUGCCUCUUCAAGCUGAUGGAGAACGAGGAGCAGUUGACGAUGAUGGUCUACAUCAUUCGCCGCGAGAAAUGUUAG